GCCGCCGCACCGCGCGGGCCCUGCGCUCCGCCCCGGCCGGGCCGCGGGGGCGCUCGGAGUCCCGCCCGCACGGCGCGCACACACCGGGACACACAGACACACACCGGGACACACGGACACACACACACGGGGCACUGGGACACGGACACGGACACGGACACAGGCACACGGAGGCGCACCCCGCGCCGCAAACAUGGCGCUGGUGCCCUGCCAGGUGCUGCGCGCCGCCAUCCUCCUGUCCUAUUGCUCCAUCCUGUGCAAUUACAAGGCCAUUGACAUGCCCGCGCAUCAGACCUAUGGAGGCAGCUGGAAAUUUCUGACCUUCAUAGACCUGGUUAUCCAGGCUGUCUUUUUUGGGAUUUGCGUCUUGACUGACCUGUCCAGUCUCCUCACUAGAGGGAAUGACAGUCAAGAGCAAGAGAGGCAGCUGAGAAAACUCAUUUCCCUCCGUGACUGGAUGAUGGCUGUUCUAGCUUUCCCUGUGGGAGUGUUUGUUGUGACGAUGUUUUGGAGCAUCUAUAUCUAUGACAGGGAACUGGUUUACCCAAAGCUGCUUGAUAAUUUUAUACCAGCAUGGCUCAAUCACGGAAUGCACACAGCAGUUUUUGCGAAAUGGGAAGCUGGCUUUAACCAUGUUACAUAUCUGCCAGAGAACACUCAUCAGGGUAAAGUGAAGACAGCUUUUUAACGGGACACAGAUGCUGAAUUUUUCCAAUUGUUUUCUAUUUCCACUAAUCUGGAGAAAACCCACACAGAGGCUUCUCCUGAUAUAAACGUCCCUAAACUUCAGUAACAAGGAACCUUUUCUAAAACACCUUGGAGUACUUAAUAACAGCAAAACCUGCAAGCCCUACUCUGGGUGUGAACAUUGAAAAUGAAAGGCCUGAGAGCUGAAAUCCCCAGAUGAAAUCUUUUUCAAGAAGUUUAACCACCUUCUGUUGACAAGGUCACGUAACUCAGUCUGCUAGCAGAGAGCAUGAGAGCAGCUAGUGUCAGCACAAAGUUGUGGAGUUACAACCAAAGGAAGUGAGAAGGGGAGAGAACCAGUAAGAAAGCGCAGAAAGGGAGGUUGAAAGAUGGGAAAGAUGGUUGAAUGAGAGGAAAAGACAGGCAGGAGGAAAAAGAUGAAUUAAAUAGUCAGCUGGUGCUGUUCCAACUCCUACCUAGGGAAAAAAAAAGGAAAAAUAACAGAUGAGGCAAGUGAGUUAAAAAGGAACCACAAAAUAAUGUAGACAAGCUGGAAGAGACUCAAAAUGCUGGAGGACUUCAAGGAGGAGGAGGAGGAAGAGAGAAGCAAGGAAAUAAAGAGUAAGAAAGAUGAAAUGAAGAGUAUAUUUUCUUCCAUCUCUUCACUCGGUAGACUUCCCUGAGAUGUAUUAGUUUGAGGAGUUGAGAGCAAGGAAAUGGCUUAUGGGUGCUGCUGUGAGGCGGAGAAUUGUUUCUGUUGCCGUUGGAUGUAGGUUUACAGGUCAGUAAAGUAAUAUUUGCACAGUGGCAUGCCAGGAGCUUCAAAACCUUGGAAAAAGUUUAAGAUUAAAACCACCCGCAACCAUGCAAGAGUAUGAAGCCUGUGUUCAUAUAAAAUUUCCUGUGUGGCAUCUGUAGAAUGACACUGAUGUCUUUGCAUCUAUAUUUUUGUCUAUAUUUUUAUCUGACAAGAUUGUACAUAAUCUUGAUCAUCUGUUUGACUCUCAAACCGGGAGUCCUUUGUUUAGAAAAGACCCUUAUUUUUCCAUAUCAGCUGUGAAGUGUGAAAUGCAUUGCAUAUUAAAAUAGAUACAGUUUGCUGAGGGCUGCAGGUGAGCUGGAAGGUCACAUGUUUGAAAUACCAGAGGUAAGGAGGUGUUCUGUCUGUAUUUCAAACUGCCCUGCUUUAACAGCCAAAGCUAGGUGCAACUUUGGAAAUAGUAAUGAUGCUGAUAGUAAUAAUACUGAUAAUGAAAGCUUAAAGCCAGAUUUUCAGCUGAAGUUGCUCAUACAAGUGUUUGUUAGAGUGAUUACUAUGGGCACAAAGCAAAUAACCAAAGAAAAGCCCCAAAAGGACACAUGAAGGGAGCCUUAGCCUUUCUCUGAGUGUGGAGUACUGAGCUGUGUUUCCUAGAAGCAGAGUUUGGCCCUGGACUGCUAGGUUUGUUGUUACACCAGCAAAUGAUGUGGGAAGGACAUGCAUUUGGUUCGGUCGCAUAAUUCUGACAAUACUAGGAAUGUUGGUUUUGUCAUAACGUUCACUUUUUGUGCAGCUUAUAUUGGUUGCUGUAGACACUGCUGGAGCUGUGCACAACUCUUCCGUAAUGCCUAAGAUGUACAUUUUCAGGUGCUACUGCACCAUUUAUCAGAUAUAUAGUUACAGGUUGUAAAUGUAAAUAAAUGGUCGACUUUAAAAUCAAUGCAGAAUGCAUUAAUAAGUAGUAUGAAUUUUCAAUAAAAAAAAUGUGAUUUCUUCUCUCUGCUAAAUCAAACACUUGUUUUAUCUUUUAACAGAAUAGAUUUCUUGUUUCUUCCCUUUUUCCUGAUAGCAUAGGCAGAUAGUAGAGUCAAACAUUACAGGUUAUAUUGUUAUGGUUAAUAAUGGGUAUGUUCAAAGUCUUUUAUCAAGAAAAGAGAACAUUUCACUGGAAAAAAAUAAUGUAUUGGAGGAGGAUGGGUUAUAUUGAUGAAGGUUUAAUAAGUCAGCUGCCAGCUACAAGUUAUGUACUCAAACAAACACUCCAUAUGUAAGCAUCCUGGAGGCUACCAUGAUCAAGAGCUUUGUCUCCUUAGCAAGUCUCACAAACACAAGGAAGGAUGCAAAUAUCUCUUUGAAGGGAUAAUAGUUUAAUAUGUUUUUAAGGGACUAUGUUUUGCCUUAUGAUUACAGUAAAAUGCACUGUUAUGUACCCUUGGACACACCCAUUAGCACCCAGAUAAGAAUUAGACUUUGCAUACAGUAAAACUGGGACUGUAGUAUAUUGUACCCACUUUACUAAACUGUGCUGUUAGUGUUCACACAUGUGGCAAAUAUGAUUUAAUCAGACCACAAAUAUUUUGCAGCAUUCCAUGGUAUCUCAUUUAUUUGUUUAAUGUGCCACUAUAGCAACUGAAUUCCAUGCUUUUAGACUCUUUUUUUCACAGACCUAUGAUCUACUUGAUUGAAGCUUGGCAGACAGAUUUUCCUUCAAUUGAAGGCAUAUGUACUAACUCAGUGACCAGAUUUUUACCUAUUUAUCAUUGUUGGAAAGUGGGCUAUUUCACAUGGACACAAUACCAGAAGAAUCAGCAGACUUGGGGAAGAGAAUCUGAGCCCAAAAGCUUAUAUGCUUUUUCCAGCCCUUGAAGUUGAUGGAAUAAAAAAAUAUUGCUUCUCCCUGUAUCCAGAGAUCAUUAUUGCUUCAGGAAAACUAAUACAACUAAUACAAGGAAAUAUUUUGACAUUGUUUUUGUAAAAAAUUACCACUUUUUAGAAGUAGCUUUUUUCUUUGUUAAAUGCCAUCUUCUACGUGUCUUUGUAUUUGGAAACAGACAGCAUUUCUGCAGAAGUAAUUUCAUAUUCAGAUGAUUAAUAUGUUGAAAUAGUGCCACAGCAGUAAUGUUUUAUACAUGCUGAUAGGCAGAAAUCAAGAAUUUGGGGACAACCUUGGGACCUCUGUUCGUGGAAGACUAAACUUUAACAUAACGUGUUAUGUUCAAUUCUCAUAUUUUAAAAUUCCCCACAUAGAUACAAAGAAGUAAAAACUAUGUACAGUUUUAGUCACUGGAGGUAGCGCGGCAAAUGUUUUUGACAGAUGUGUAAGCCAUUGCCAUUAGUCAUGCAGUUCUGCAAUUGUCCCUUCUACCUUCGGACCUUUAUGUAACACACCGAAGUUCCAUCCUGGUGCCCUACUCAGGAAAAGCCAUAACCUUUCAGAGGUGUCUUGUUUCUGUCAGAGUCCACAAGUCUGACUAAGGUGACCCUUUCCUUCCCUCUGACACCAGAGUUAUCUGAGCAGGAAACAACUCUUAGCAUGGAGAAAUAGCAGAUGGUGUGAAGUGUCUCAAAGUGGCAAAAGAUGGACCAGCAGCCAAUACAUGAUUUGCUCUUUCGUUUCCAUUGCAUUAUUAACUGAUACCCUUCAACUCUUCACAGCUUGCUUUCUCUUCAAAGCAAGGAACGCUGCAAAUUUGAAGUGCUGCUUUUAAACCCCAUUUUUAUCUUUCUAUUUUUAUUCCUAGAUCUGCUUUACUGAACAGUAUGAGGAAAAAUAUGUAAUGUUUGAUCAAAAGUAUUUUUUAUGUCUUUAUUAGCUAGUGCCUGUGUUUUGUGGGGCUUUGUGAUGGUAGCUGGAAAAACACUGCUAUCUGUCAGAGGGUUUAUGGUACUGUGUCUCUGAUUCUGGCUGUGAAGUGUCCCAGGCGGGGCUGGGCUGCUGUGCCAGACCAAACUGCCUGUGCCUGCCCUCUGCACCUCACCGUGCUGGGGCUUGCUGAGACCUCUGAGGGAUUUCCCAUUCAUGUGCCUCAGCAUCCCAUUCAUUCAGUUAUGGUGAGGAGAUUAAUUGCCUGCUGCAGAUUCCUCUGAGGUUCAUGGAUGCAAAUACAACUAAGGGAGUUGGUAUUGUCCUUUCUGCUGCAGAAGUGGUCUCUACUACAAGUAAUAACAUUACCCACAGUGAUGUACAAAUUUAGUGCUCCUUGUAUAUCAUAAAAAUUCUAGGCUGAUGUGAGGCAUGCUAUAGAAAGUCAAAUAUACUGUAAUGGUCAAAUCACAUCUUUCAGUUUAUUUCCAACAGGAAGAAAUUUUAUGUGUUUCUUGGCACUUUUAGCUUUUUAUUCUGUUACUUUGAGCUUUACCAGCUUUCUAUAAAGCCAGUAUACAGGGUUCCAACUUGCUGAGUCACUGCAAUGCACAUUUUUGUGGCUUCUUUUGCAAAUGCAAUAUGUAAUGUAGCUUUUUUUCUGAACUGUUUAUGAGAAAGAGGAAAUAUGCACAUCAGUCUGUUGAACUUCAAAUUUUAAGGCAGUUUUUAAAAUAAAGGAAUGGGGAAUUACAUAAUUUUCUAUUAAGGAAACAUCCAUUAAAAGUGUCUUUUUACUAACACACAGAUUUACUGAUGUCUCCAUUAACAAACAUAUUUUUGUUGGCUGCAAGUUGUUUAAAAAUUCAUGCAGCUGCAAAUCAUGUUAAGAGAUGAUUAUACAUAUUCUUAGAUCAGAGACAAAGGUGAAUGGUAUUUUGGUUUCUGUUCCUGAAACAGAAGAAUGAAAGAUGGAAAAGAAGAGGGAAUUUGAAGGAGAAAGAAAAUCAAGUGUAAGAAGCUAAAGAAAAAGUGAUAGCCUUAUAGGUUGUUAAGGAGAAGACAGAAAACAAAGUAGAGUAAACCAAAUGCUGAAAUAAAGAGGUGCUAAUAGUAGUCAGCUGGAGAGAGCCAUAGAAUGUGGAGGUGGUAAUUGUGAGUACUGUACUUCACGGAGAAACAGCUUGAGAGAAAAGUUUAAAGUGCCCAGUGUAUAUUGAAAAUGGCAUCCAUAGUUUAUUGUAGACCAACAUGCAGAAAUUGAAUUUCAUUUGGUUUCUUGUGUUUUUACAGAACAGUUCUCUUUCUUUCCCAGCAUUUUCGUGCAUGCAGAAACCACAAGAAAGCCCUGCUUUGCACACUUGGUGCCUCUACUGUCACCAGAAUUUGUGGGUCUUUAGAUCUCCCAGUUGUGCUACUGUGCUACUGAGCCUCCCAUAGUUUUAUUCUCCAUGACAUUAGUUUGGUAGGAUUACUACAUACAGCAAAUCUUUAGUAAUAUAUUUAUCAUGCAUGUAUAUAUAUAGUGUGUGUAUGUGCAUAUAUAUGCACACACACCCCCUCACACACACCAUACAUAGAGAGAAAACUUAAUAUAUAUUGCCAUUCAGCUAUUAAUAAUUAUAUUGGUAGAUAGUGCAGUUUUAAAUAAUACCUAUAAUUCUAUCUAAGUAGAUCUCUUUUGAUAUAGACAAAAGAUGUUUAGUCCUUAAAUUUCUCUCAGCCUAAAUGAAUGGACAGGUAAAGACUGGCAGAAGAGAGUUAGUAUUUUCCCUGUAUUACAGAGGAGAAACAAACCCAUGGAAUUUGUGGUUUGCCUGAAGCUACAGGCAGUUUAUUAAAGAUUGAACUGCAAAGUGGAUCUGUGUUUGCUUCAUUAGUCAGUACUUUUGUUAAGAAAUUAUUCACUCUCUACAAAGCAGGCAAAGACGACAAAUUCAUAGUCUGAAUGAGCAUUCACUUGGGUUUCAAACUUAUGCUCUAUUGGAAGGAAGAAGUGACUCAAUUUUUGAAUAGGGAGAUGUUGCUCUAAGUCCUGCUUCACUUAGUUACAAUAGGCGUUUCAUUAUUUUCAUUUUGUUUAUAUCACUGGAAGUACAGGUUCACCUCACCAACUGCUUUUGUGUUUAUGUUUUCCUUUAGUAUAGUAACUAUUGACAACUUAUUCCAAAUAAUUUGAUUUUGGGCGUACCUUUUCUCUGUAAGGAGGAAAAUCCCUUAGGUUUCCAUUCCUGCUCAGAUGAUGAUUGAUUUGAGGAGAGAUGUUGAUAUGUAAACAGAACGAUGAUUUAAGAAGGAUGAAUGUGGAAACUGAAAAUACGUCAAGGGAGGAGAGCUCCCUCUCAUGUGCCCUUGCCCUAUAAUUUUGGAAAUGUUUUUUUCUUUUGUUGUCCAGGAAUGCAGUUGAGACCAAAGUGGUAGACAGGGGCAGAAGGGGGAGGAUGGGUGUUGCCACUGACCAAGGAAAGCUGAGAAAUUGCACAUUUUUAAAGACCUUUCAAAAGUAUGAAACUCAUUUAUGGAGUCAAAGCUAUUUCAGAAGUUAUGUCAAUAGUUGUAAUUGUGGGUAAGAGGAAAUAAAAAUGCCCCAAAGACAGAAAAUAGCUUGUGCAAAAGUGGGUCACUGACAAUGAAGUGUAAGAAGUGGCCAAGAAGAGUUAUAUUUUUAUUAUUUUGACUGGGGUAAUAAGGUGUAGGUUUGCUAGACAAAGUUACACCAGAAUGAGUAGCAGAACAAUGUAGAGGCCUGGAUCCACUUUGGGAAGUACCUUUCUUCAGGCAAGAAUUCAGUGUUUACCAGUUCUGUCUCAAAUCUGAACUCUACAGCUUCGCUGGCAGUAAUACAAAUAUUCACAGCUGGAUAAAAAAUGUUAUUUAGUGCACAACAGUAGUCAUGGUUACCUGCAUACUUUCAUUGCCUUAUUCAUGUGCAAUUCUUUUUUUUUUUCUGGAAAUACCAUUAGCAUGUAAUAUAAUACUGUACAGCCUCUUGGUAAGUUUUAUAGUGUCAGGAAGAAAAUUUUGUGGUGAAUCUGAAAGUGUAUUUUAUCAAGUUGACUUGUUCGCGGAAGAUCCCACCUAUACAUAGCUAAACAGAACAGGGCAAGUCUGAACAUUCUGUGACUGCAAUUUCAAAACAUAAAUAGUAAUAUGUAAAAUUCCUUGGUAUUGAAAAUUCUCUGAUAGUGUUUUAACUGCACAGCAUUUUAAAAGAACUAGCCCCUGCUUGGUCCCUCCACAGGUGACACAGACCUGCCAGUUCCUGUCAGUACAUGUCAGAAUAGCAUGACUAUCCUCGUUUACUCUUGCAAGACAUGUGAACCCUAGCAACCUCAGAAGGGUAGAAAAGUACAGUGAUUUUCCUCUUCUCUUAUUUUUGUAAGUAUAACUCAGUGCACUCCAUGCAGAUGAAAUAUAUUUGAGAAUCUAGUGUUUCUGUUACAUUCAUGGGAACUAGUCUCACGUGUAUUACUGCAGCAGAAUUCCCAACCAUAUUCUAACCUUUGCUAGGAAAAGAAAAUAGUACUCAAUCUUCCAGAUAUCUCAGAUCACUUUGCAAAUAAAUGAAUUAAACUUUACAAGAGUAUUAAGGACAGUUUACUUAGGCUUAUAUAUUCUUUUCUUAAUUGAGAGGUGUGACAUUAAUUCUGGAGGAUUAAAAUUGCCUAUCAGUUUAAAUUAACAGCAGCAAAAGGAGUAAAGGAUGUUUGCUUCUUUAAUCUGGCAAAUUUAUCUAAAGUCUUUCAGUAUGAUGUUCCUUACCACUAUUGCUACAUUUGUAGAGAACACUUAGUAGACUAAAUGUAAAAGUUAUAUUUCAGGAUGUCACAGGGGGAAUAUGACACAGGGUCAUAUUCCUUGGCAUUUUCAUGUAAACAGUGAAACCUAGGAUUUUAAUAAGUGUUGCAUAGAGAUUGAACUGAAUUUCUAAAACAAAAUUUAAAAAUUGCUCAUAUAACCUUAUGAAACCUUGUUAAAAGCCUGAUAGAGUUUUAAAAUACUAUCCAGGCCUGUUUUUAAUGCGUCUCCUACAGGAAGAAGGAAGAUGGCAUUAAGAUGAAAAUUUCUAUAGUGAAGCCGGCUGUUACCACAGUCUGGCUUCUGUUCCUGCCGUAGCGCUGCCAGCUUGGAGCUAUUUAUAGGCAUUAGCCUAUAUCUAUCCACACACGUGGAUCUACUACUCUCUUUAGCAGUAGUUUGCUCCUGAAGAAGCUGGUCCGAGGUUUCAAGCUUUAUUUUUCCUUUUGGAGACCAAUUUCUUCAGCUAUCCUUAUUACCAAUUAGUAGGAAUUUGGCAGGCAUUCACUCCCUGCCAGAGCUCUUGCAUCAGCUUUCCUGCGCUGGCCUACAAGCCAGAAGGCUCAAUUGUGGUGUCUUCAAAUUCUUCAGACCUAGUUUCUUCCAGUACUGGACCCUCUGCAUCAUCUUAUGAUUUCAAUACCUUUUCCUUCUGAAGUGAGAAUAACAAGACUGUUCAAACAUACUAUUGGUUCCCUUAUCUCAAAGAUACAACUUGUCUCAGCUACCAAAAAAAAAUCGCCUCUUUGUCAGGUAUCACACAAGCAUUAAAUUUUCUUCUGACUGCAAUGGAAUGUUCUGGUCCUAUACAUGAUUUACAGUACAAAUAAAGCCUGUUCUCUUUCAUUUUCCUGAUGAUGAAUUCUGGGCAAUAAAUGCUUUUCCCAGGAGCCAGUCCUUGCAUGGAGCAAAGGCAUUGUUUAAGUUUGCUGCACCACAGCACGGCUGCAGCCUCAUGUGGUCUGCAUCAUUCUCUUAACAUUUCAUGCCUUCAUUCACCCAUCCAUAAAUUAGAUACAAGGCAGCCAAGCACAGCAUCCUCUGCAUCCUGUACUACACCACCUUUACCCAUGACAUGAAUCCCAAAAUGAUACGUGCUCUCUGGCAGAGUCUGAGUGAGAGCAUGCUCCACUACCAUAGCAGCAGCAGCAGCAGCAGCAGCAGUGGUGAUAGAAAGCCUCAGGUGAUGGCCUUGGGGCAUGUUACGUCUUCUGCGACCUCAUGCAACACAGUUAGGUAGCACUGAGGACAGCAAAAGCAACUAAAUUAAACUGAGAAAGUAAAAUAAUAGAACAAGUAUUUGACUGAUGUAAACCAUUAUUUGAUGUAAAGCAUCAUCUUCUUCAUUCUCACAUUCUCAGUUCUAACGAUUAUUUCUCUGCCACACAACUUAGGCAUAUUGGUGAUCUAAUGCUAGAGAGUUUUUCCUGUUUGAAUGGAGUGGAAAGCAUUCUGCAGCUAUUCAACUGGUUCUCCCUGUUAGUGGUGAUUUUUAAAAUAAAUAUAAUAUUUUGGUUUCUUUAGUUAUUUAUGGUAGUUUACUUUUGAAGGACAUUUAACUUAGCCUUCUGGCUUUCACCAAAGAAUGGCUUGAAUGUUAAACAAAGAUAUUUGUGCAGAAAUGUGCUUGCACCAAAUAAGUCUUUGAUAUCAAAUUCAUAACCUUCUGGAAAGGUAGUAAAUUUUAUAUCCAACACUUAGGUAAUUUUUCCUCCAUGUUAGCAACCUAAAAUCAUUUUUACAGCUCUAGUCAGCAUACCCCCACUUUAUUUAUCUCUUCUUUUAUGUAGCUGCAUAAUGUAUAUAUAUGUAUAUGUAUCUUUUUCCCUCUUGCAGUGUUUUGUCCUUCAAAAAUUUGAAGCAAUGUCCUCAGUGUCUGCUAAUAUAAUUCUUUCCAUGGCAGAAAAUUAUGACUUUGCAGAAAGAGAGUUUGCUAUAAGCUGAGGGGAAGUCACAGCCUCACAGUGUCAAGUUUGAGUUUUAGCUGGAACUUCCACCCCUCAUAUGUACUUAAGCUCUCCUAAACAGAGGACAUGUCAUACUUAAAUUAUUUUCAUCUUCUGACUUUUUCAGUUCUGAACAUUCAGCCACUAAAAUAUGAGGUUUCCCUACUAUUGAUUUCAAAAGACAGGUAAAGGUGAAAUGUCAAUGUGAAUAGGAAGGGAAAUAUAGUUCCCCAUGGGUUCCUUCCAACUCAGGAUAUUCUAUGAUCCUAUACAGUAUUAUCUGGGUAUCCAGUGUCCAGUUAAUAUAAAUAAAUCAGUUUUACUAGAAUUCGUUGGAGUGUUUUUACUGCUAAAACUCAGGCCCCAUAGGAUACAGUUAACAAUCUCCAGAUGUGAAAUGGAAAGGACCGUCAAUAGCACAGAAAAACUUUCUCAGUGAGGAGGGCUAUGGCAGCUGGAAUUCAUGGAGAUGCAAAGGGAAGGUAGCUGCUCAGACCAUGAGAGUCAACAAUCUUCUUCCACUUGCUGUCUUCAUGGCAGGGCAUUUACCUGCUGUGCCAAUAGAGGUGCAAAGAAGGAGCUGGUGAGCUACCAGGGAGAACUAAGCUGAGCUCUCUAGCACACUUCUUGAGGUAGGGAUCAAUGUUUACCUGUUGUUAGUGCUUGGGGAAAUGCCUCCUGGGAUGGCAUUUAGAUGAGCUGUGUGUUGAGUGGAGUCUCAUGGGACUGAAAUGAAUGCAGAAUCUUCUUUCCUUUACUUUGCAAGUCUGUCUGCAGGGAAGCCUUGGAGGACAUUUGACACUGUCUCAUUUUUCGCAUCUUUAUCAAACUGGCCGCAUAGAGGCUCUGUAAGGAAACUGGAUGCUGGGACAAGGAGUGGGCUGGAAUCUGUCUGCUCACAAGAUACUCUGUGACUAAGUGCAUUUCUUUCAUCAUAACCUUUUCCACCUUGCUGAUUGAGAAACUGGGUAAUGAUGAUACACAGAUAGUUUUUCAGAAAAUUUUAUGGACCUAUUGACUUAUAAGGAACAUCUUUGUGGCUAAAUGAGAUGUCCUGCUUUUAAAAAGCUGUUUAUCUCAGCUGGUCUCUACACAAGUUCAGGGAAAAUGAAUGGGCAGAAAAAUAUGUCCCCCACCAAACAGCCUAAGCUGCAGUACAGUAAGUUGUAUUUAGAACAUAAUAUUAUAGACAUGUUGUCAGGGAGUAUUCCUGUUGCACAAUGUUCUGAAAACAUCUCUGUUUGCCUCGAGGGAAUGCCCGUCUGCCCUUCUUAUGAUCCAUGGGAAAAACUACCCUUCUGGUAAACACAGAUGGAGUGUUUCCAAUGUCUAAUACCCAUCCUGUUUUUGUUCCUAGUACAGCAACUGAUGUGUUUGUGGAAAUCAUACUGGUACACAAUAGAGAGAGGAGUUUUCAACUUUUAAGGUUCUAGGAUUACAGAAAAUCUCAACUUUAAGGACACUGUUAUAAUGCUAAAGUUUUCUGGUUUGCAAUUAUUAUGUGUUUUUGAAAUGCUUACCAGAUUUUAUAGUUGAUAUCCAGUAGCUGUGAUACUGUUUAAAUCCUAUCCCCAGUGCCUCUUUCCAAUUACUCUGCCCCUCCAGAUGGACAUUAUUCUUUCAAGGAACUAUCCUCCCACAAAACCAGUGACUCAGGAUGCUUUCAGGAGCUAUCUUGUGGAAUUCAUCAUAUGUGCUCGUAGUGCUCAUGCACCAGUCCUACUUGAGCAUUUCUUUACAUACUUCCAUGAAAUAUAUAGAUUAAUCUUGAGCAUCCUAUACUGGUAUCAUUAUUUUGGGGCUCUUCACCAGGUGUCAGUAGUUUUGAGGUGUAAGCUUGCAAACAUUAAGGUCUGAAUGGUCAGGAGUAAAAAUAGCAGAGGCCCAGAAAUAUGCAAGUUUGUGAAUUUUAUCUUGAUAGGUUAAUCCUUAUAGUCUCAGCUCUUCUACACACCAUAAGGACUGGAAAACCUUUUUUAUUCAAUAAAACCUGAGAUUAUCAACCAAUCAUGUAAAUUGAGUAUCUGAUACCCUAAAGUGGAGGGCAGAGUAAACAUCGGAAUUUCACUUUUGGUUUGCCCUCUUACUUCAGUACUUUUUCACAGCAUUCGGUCCUAUGGCAUAAGCCCUUUAGGACAACAUUCUUCCCUCACAACCAUGUUCUGUCUUCUUUUCUCAAGCUGUGUUUUGCAUGUCAGUGUAGAGCUCUGUGCUGAGAAACCAAGCUUUUUCAGUAUGUUGCUCACUGUAUUUUCUGUAAAGACAAACAGAAAAUACAUCAUGUGGUGGCAAUGAUAUUAUCACCAUUAUUACUUUAUUUGCCCUCUUUUCAUGUCCAGUGCAUUCUUAGCACCUUAUUAAUUUUCCUACUCUUUAGAUGCCAAGCAUAGAAAACAGUGUGACUACAUAAUUUGUUUUGCAUUUGGAGUUGCUCUCAUUUGUUUUACACUGAGAAAAAGAGACAAGUCACCAAGCAGGUGCUGAGGAUGGAAGGGAAUGCAGGUUGUCUUUUCAGAGUAUAUAAACUCCAGUUAUGACCAAUGAGCCGAUCUUGAGCCCUCAUUCUUUCACCAGAAGAAGAGAAUCCAUGACACAAUUUGCCUCUGAGUACCACAUGCAGCAAGAGGACCUAAUACCCACCUACUCCGUGGCAGGGUAAUCACUGGGGUUUGCUGUGGCCUGGCCUGUCCCCAUGUGGUACAGCUCUUGGUCUUAAAGGCACUGUAUCCAAACUAGCCUCCCCUUGGCCAGGCAUUUUUGGUGGCUGAGAUGGCUGUACUGCGGCCAGAUCCAGCAUGAACACCAUGGGUGCUAUCUCAGAAAUCCUUGCACCACACUCCAGGGCAUGGCACAAAUGUGCCUCCUGUUUCCUUAUCUGUAAAAAUGCACCAGGUUGGCUGGCUUGUCAGACUUAGUAGUAGGUGUGCCUAGAUUGUAUUUUGCAGACAGGUGCAACUUGAUUCUGUGUUGUGAGCUGGCUGAUACCCAGUCAGGAGCAAGUUAUUAGGUUGGUUGUGCAUUAUGCUAACCACAGCUACACACUCCUAGUUCAUUUUUGGACAGGAUUCAUCCAGACUCAGAAAGAGAGUGAGUCCUCACCUACCAGCAAAAUAAGUAUAGACAAACUCAGACAUCCAUGGCAUGUAAGGUCUGAAAAGAAUAUUAGGUGUUUUUGUCUGACCUCAGGCUUAACACAAGCCAUAACAUUUCACUUGCACCUGUAGUGAGCCCAGUAAUUUCAAUUUGGCUGAAGUCUGUCUUCCAGAAAGGCAUUUGGUCAUGAUCUGAAAAGAUAGCAAUCUUCUAUUUUCCUUAGCAGCUUGCUCCUGUCAUUAUUCACUGUCACUGCUAAUUCUUUUCCAAAUUUCUAACUUGUCCAGCUUUAGCUUGUUAUGCUUUCCACUGCUCUGUUAAAAGAGUCUUUUAUUCCUCAUCGUGUAUCAUGGUUUUCCAUAUGAGGAGAGAUCUCUUCUCCUGUUGGAGAAGCUGAUCAGGUUAAGACCCUUGAAAGGGUCAUCUCAGGAGAUGAUCUACAAUCUCCCACAUACCAAUAUCUCUUAUUACCUCUGUUCCUGUACCCUCUUUUAAUGGAUUGCACCUGAGCUAUCGUUGUGCUGUGAUCUACCUGAAUCCAUGGUCUGGUGUCCCCUCACAGGUCAUUUUGAUCAUCCCUAGCAAAUCAGUGCACAUACAACGUAAGAUGGUCACCACCUACCUUUAAUGAAGCAGUGUUGUUUAUUUUAGGAGUAAUGCCUGACAGAGAAAAUAAGUUAUGUAUGGUAAACUGUUUACAUGUGGUUGAUCUAACUACCAGCUGUAGUGCUUCAGUUGCUUCUGGGGCUGUUACUGAAAGGUGUGUGUUUGUCACUUGUUGCUGCCACUUUAUGUCUGCAUGCAGUUCCUUUGCCUUAAACUAUCUUUAAAGCUCUCCCAGUCCAUUAUUCUUGUUGCAUGCUAAAAACAUCUCCCACGUGAGGGGAAUUGUAUGCAGAAAACUCUGCACCUUAGUUUAUCUGUCAGUUUGCAUUAAUUAUUCCUCUUUUUUUUCUUAUGCAGCCUGAAAUAGGCUAGCCUCUGUUUCUCUCUUACUUGGAUAGAAUGAUAGAGCUUACAAAAAAUAUAUUGUACUUACUCAUAAAUGUGGAACAGGUAGAGCUUUCAUAGGUCUCACAUCUAACAAAAGGAAACACACCACUUCUAUAGACACCCAGCAGUCUGCAUAGCCAUUAUUCACCAGUUUUUCAUAAAUUUAUACAUUGUAUUUACUCUUUAUAUUAUUAAUGGAGGCAAAAAAUUGUAAUGGUGGUCUUUUUCUGUUUUUUCUUUCUUUGGUUGGUUGCUUUUAGUUAUUGUUGUUGUAGGAUGGGGUUUUCUCCAUUAUUUUGUACAUUUUAAAUCUGUAAGUCACAAAAUAAUUUCCUCUGAGUUAGUGUAAACCUGAAGUGCAUCUUCAUGUGGGUACUUCAUGGUUGCACUCCAAAUUGGUUGGGUUGAGAGAAUGAAAAGCUGUUACGAGAGCCAGAAGCUAAACCCACAGCCCAGAACUGUUGUGUCAGGUGCUUGAAAACUAAAUUCUAGGGCUACGUUGUUCUGGAGAAGUGCUGAGAGAAGGCAGAAUGCCACCAGUGCAGCCAUACUGAAGUGGCCUGAUGGAUCUCUUAGAUUGUUUAUAAGCAUGGAAAAUUUUUUAAAAUAACAAAAUGACAAAAUUUCAGCUAUACCCAAACAACAUUUCCUGUAAAAAAUUUGUUUUGAAAGAUGUUUUCUAACCCCAACAUGCAAUUUUGAGACUGUUUUAAGUGUGAUGCUUUUUUCAGCCUUAGCUUUGGGGAUACCUGAAUUACCUUGAGGUUUGGUUUUGGUAUAAUAUUAUAGAAUUUAUUGGCAGAAUGUUAUUCUUUUUUUAAUUUACAUAGACAGCUUUUUACGGCAUCUUACAGUUUCAAGGUAGUUUAUGGAGGUAGCAGGGAAGUACAGAAGGGAUGAUGUUAAAUAAGCCAGUCUCAAUAACUUGUUUGCCAGAUGUGUUGUGGAAUUUUGGGUGGAGUUUGUUAAAUCCCAAAUGGGGGAAAAGAAGGUUGGAGAGUCACUUCAGAAAUAUCGCCUGAAUUUAAGCUGUGCUGGGAAAUUAAUUUAGCUGCUUUUAAGCUUUUCAGGAGCUAGUGUGAGAAAAUCCAGCUAUAAAGAUGGGUUGGGAAAUGGAUAAGUCUUGCACGUGCACACGGGUCUGUAGUUCAGCCAUACCACAGUGGACACAACAAUGCACAUGUUUGAAAAUAAUUUCCUUCACUUGCAGAGAAAUGUUCUGGGGUCUAUGCACAGAUGGAAGUAAAACAGCCAUUAGCAGGGCCUUCCCUGCCUUGCAGGCAGGCAGUCUGCAAGGUAUUGCUGUUGCAGCCUAGCAGGUGAAAGUAUCACCUGUCCUGGGUGACACCGGGAGCUGGCGUAUAUUCCCAUGUGUUGCAUCUCACACUGUUUGCAGUAUCUGAUUCUCAUCCCUCUUGAGGAUGUGCCCAGAGCUGGGGUGCAGCUAUGCCAUUAUAUUUUAAUGAAGGGAUGGGUAGCAGAAUGUGUUCCCCUAAUUAAUUUUUUCAUUGUCUCUACAUUAACCUUUGAAUUCAUUACCACUCUUGUUUGCUUUUCCUAUAUGUUAGAGGCCAAUUUUCCCCACAGGCUUUGCCUAUCAAGUUAUUUUAAAAACAAACUCAGAGAACUCCCCAUAGUUCUAAUGGUGAAGUCUAAACAGGCAAGUAAAACCACUUUUAGUAGGUUUAGUAAAAUAAAAAGGCCUGGUCACUGGGCUAAAACUCUACCAGGUGUUGCUGUAGUUAAAUUAAUGGCUGCCUCCUUGACUUUGACAUUGCAAGUAAAACAAGGAGGUUUUUUUCCCUGCUUCUGGGGAAGAUGAGCAUGAUCUUUAGUUUCUUUCACAUUUUCCUAAGUUACUAGAAAGGAAGCUGCAUCUAUCUUGAACUCUUUCCAAAUAUGCCUUUUUGUGGAUGUCUGCAAAUCCCAGCAGAUACUGGGAUUACAUUUUCCAGGAUUCCUUCUAGAUGAGAUCAAGUGGAGAUGUAGCCUGCGCAAGUCCUGCUCCUUUCUCUAGGGCACCUCAGGUGCAACCUGGACUCUUCUCAAACCAUGGGCUUCCACCUGAGACCACUUCUCCUCACCAUUGUCCCAUGGCUCUGCUUUGUUUAUAACAGCCCAUGGAAAGGGAUUUUCUGACCUCUGGUACAUCCCUAUUCUGUCUUAAAACAUAAUUGUGCACUUGUGCAGCUUCCAAACUGAGACAAGGAAGACUCACAGAGUCUCUGCUUCCCUCUUAAAGGAGGAAUAGAAAUGUCAAAAGUUUCUGUCUUUUUUUUUUUCAGCAGUCUCUUUAGAGCAAUGUAGACAUAGAGGCUAGAGCUGGAAUAUGCUGAGUUUUCAUACCUUUUCUAGUUUUCUCUUAACCAAAAAUUUACUGGUUAUUUAAAAUCCCACUAGAACACCAAAAUUGUUAUGUUGUUUGCAUGCCUCUCCUUGUGUUGUUUUUGGAUUGCAGUAUGAACGGCAGCAUAACAGAUGUGUGUUCCUUCUGUGCAUUCAUGGGUUUUUUCUUUAUUUGAAAGUUCCUGUUCUGACCUUGUAAAAUCUAGGGCCUUUCAGAAAAGAGAAAUUAGAGCCUUUAUUUUCCAAAAUCUCUUUCACACACAGACAUCUGGGUACACACACCCAUACUGAUUACAUCUUGUUUAUAAUGAAUUUAAUUUUUUGCAAAAUAUUUCUUAAUGCAUUUUAAAGAGAAAAUUAAAUAUAGCAUAUGGUGUCAUACAAUGUAUUAAAUGUCUUCUUUAGUAGAACUUGGUGGUUACUGUAAGUAUUACUGGUAAAUAUAAAAUCUGUUUAAAUUUGAGAAAGUGGGCAUCUGGCAGAGAAGAACAUUAGCUAUUUGGGCCUCAGCUUCCAUACAGUGUGAGUCAAAUGAAACUUGCCACUAGCUGUACUGUUUAGUCUUAAAACAUUUUUAUAAGCCUCCUUUCUCUCAGUGAGAUCAGAUCAGCCAGUGGGAUGAUAUUCGGAUCAACAUGAACUGGUGUUGUACCAGUCUGUGGAAGAUAAUUUUGGAAACAAUAUUAAAUUAUACUUUGAAAGGAAUAAAAGCAUUAAAAAUUCAUAAGUUUCCCUCCAUAGAUUUUUAAAAUUCAGUAUAAUUCUUGAAGAUUAAAGGCAGAAAAUAGCUAUAGAAGUAAUUUUUCUUUUAAGUCCAUGGCGUUGUUAACUUAACUUUUAUUUCUCAGCCUUUCCAAAUACAAUCUUCUAACAAUAUCAAAAGCAUAUCUACAUGAAAGAUGUAGCCAAAGCUUGAAUCACAACACUCCAGUCCUUCCAGAUUACUGUGAGAAGUAGACUUGACUAGGUCUUUGGGUAGAAGAUGGCAAUAUGAAAGACACCUAUAAAUUAAAAAUUAAGAAAUACAUACUUCACAGGUGUAGAAGCCAUGGGCAAAUUUCUGUGUUGAGCUUCUGAAGGGUUCAACUUGUCCCAGAAAACAGAGAAACAAUGGAGCUGUUAGGUUUUCUAAAGGCUGUCUUGCAUCUUUCCUUACCCCUUUGAUGUCGAUAAAAGUUAGGCCAUUCCUUUCGGUGCAGUGAGGUAUUGUCCAGUGGUUCGCUUAGGAAAUACAUUCACAGACUUUACAUAUAACUAAAUUUUCUAAGCAAAAUUUUUUUCUGGAGUUGAACUGAAUUAUUUUUUGAUAUUUACCUGCCUUAUGAAGGCCUUUCCUCAUCAUAUGUCAUCUUACAUGCUGUCAAGAUGCAGUGUGAAUUUCUUCACAGCAGUAAACAAAAUUGCAGAAACGGUCACAUUUUCUGGGCUUAAAAAAGUAAAUACUGCAGUCUGAAUUGCCAGAUACGCCAAAAGUGGCGUAUUGCUUCUAACCAAGUGUCUUGAACAUGGCAUGUGCCAAGAAAAGGACAAGUUUUCAGAAAUGUGGCAGAACUGAAGGGAGAGGCAGUGGAUGUAGAUAGCAGAAACUGGACAUAGGUAGUGGGCGUACUGCACUGUGCAUUCCUCUGGGUCAGGUGCCAAAACGAGUAGGUCAGAUGACUGGGUCUGUAUAGUUAACACUCUUCUGCUGGCAUAUACCUUAUUUCCUGAUCCUUUUACCUGCUGUCUCCUCACUUAGUUACUGACUCUAUCCCCUCAUUCAGUUGGCCUCAGUGAAGUUUUAUAGUUGUUAAACACAUAGAAUACCUUAUGGAGAGAGGCUGCUGAGGAGAGCAAUAACUUUUUUUGUUGCUGUUGAAACAAUGACUUUUAUUUGGACUGUACUUACUUUUUAAGAAUUGCUGACUUUAUCUGAAAAUAAAUAUGUAUAAGUGAGCUAUAUUUUUUUUAAGUAUUUAAGUACAUUCUUAGAACUUCAUUCCCUGAUCCAUCAGAAGACGGUGAAGCUUAUUAGGUGUCUGAAGUAUCUCUUUUAUAAAGUAGGCUGAGGGAACUGGGGCUGUUUAUCUUGGAGAAGAAAUAAUUGAAAGAGGAUCUUAUCAAUGCACACAAGUAUCUUAAGGGUGGAUGUCAAGAUGAUGGGACCAGCCAGUGCUGUCCAGGAACAAAACAAGGGGCAGCAGACACAAACUGAAAUACAGAAAAUUCCAUCUGAUUGUGACGAAAAGCUCUUUCACUUUGGAGGUUAUAGAGUUACUUUGAGGGCAACAGAGCACUUGGACACAUUGCCCAGAGAAAGUUGUGAAGUCUCUUUCUCUGGAGAUGUUCAAGAAAGGCCUGGACAUGAUCCUGUGCAUCCUGCUGUACAUGAACCUGAUUUAGCAGGGGUAUUUCACUGCAUGAUCUGCAGAGGUCCCUCCAAACCCCAACCAUUCUGUGAUUCUGUGACUUGAGUUAGCAUUUUCAGAAAUGUGUCUCAUCCUCUUGUUUCAUUGUUCUAUCCCUGAACCCAGUGGGGUUUGUCCUGACCUGAAGUACCAUGAGGCCUAGGUGGUUCUUCCAGUCUCUGUUAACUUUCUGGUCUCUGGUUGGUCUGUAGUGGAGUUGUAAAACUGAGCCAGAAAAGGACGCAAGGGUAAAACAAAGGGAAUGUCUGCUCAGAAUCUUAUUACUUCCUGUAUUUAUCUGUAGUUUUGACUGCUUUUGAAAGGUGAUCAAAAAGCUAUUCUUAUACCAGAAACCAUCAUAUGCUGAGAGGCACACAACUGUUUUUCUCUAGUCUUGCCCUAGAAGUCUUCUAUUCCUCCUUUCUGAGCAGCGCUGACAGAGCUGUGCAUCGUGCAUCUCCAUGCCUGGCCAGUGGCUCGGUUUCUCUGAAGCUUGGCUGGUUGCACUUCGGCCACGCUACAUAGCUCCAGUCACAGGCAGGCACCAUUGCACAAGGUGCAUGAGAAAAGCAGGACACAAGCAAACACCUGGUUUUGGCUUCCUCUGCUGGUUGUGUCACUUCUGCUUCACUUCUGAUAAAUUAGAAAGAACGGAUAUGUGAGCAGUGGUCUGGAGGAAAAGGAAAGGAAAAAGAGUGAGGGAGAAGAGCGUAGGGACAACACAGGCAAGGGAGCGAGGAAAAGAGAGCUGUGACAUGGCAGGGAAAGGAUAGACAAGGCUCAGGGUAUGGCAGGGAAGAGCUGUGCAGAGGACAUGUCCAGCCCAGCAGAUGGGGAUGAGAACAGUGGUGAUACAGAGGAGCCAUUGGCCUAAGAGCGUGGCAGGAAGGUCCUAAAAUCAAAUGGGAGGAUGCUACAUAAAGGACUUCUGGGCUAAACCAAUAUAGACAACAUGUUGGUCUGAGGAGGGGAAACCAGUGUUUAUGUUUGUCUGAUGUUAUAUCCCUGAAGCUAAAUAGUAGCUUAUGGGUGUGCCAAAGAAACAAAACUGGAGUUCUUCUCAGUGCAAAUAGUAAAUAUAGUCAAGAAUUACUGUUUUAAAAAUUGAACUUGGUAGAUGUUAUCAAUUUAUGCCUCAAUUUAUUGCCUCAUGAUUCAAUGAGACAUUUUGGAUGCUACUGCCAAUAGCAAAGUGUAGCUGAAACAAAAAUUAAAUCCUUCUGGCCUUCUACUAGCUUUUUGGUAUGGUUUUUCCUGAAGGACUGGUGUUCCUUGCUGUGAGCAUGCCAGAAGUAGCAGAGGUCAAUCAGGGACUAGAACCAUUAGCUGGGCUUGAUUGUAAAUGCUGUCCAAAAAAAAAUUCCUGCUUAAAUAAGUAUUCUCUUCUCUAUAAAAAGCCUACUCAUAUCUCCUAUAUAAAGUCUUUACUUCAAAAAAAGUACCAAAAAUGGAGAAGCAGAGGAAGGGAAGGGAAAGG